AUGUCUCCCCUCGUUUCGCGUGUCGUCCGCUCCACCGUCGCCUUUCGACCUCUCCCCGCGGCUCAGCGAAGCCUCCGCACCUCGAGCAUCCUCCGCGAUACCGAACCUUACCAAUCGAAGCCACCACAGCAGAGUCGUGACCACAACAAGCUUCUCGGCGCUGGCGCUGUCCUCAUCGGUGCCACUUUCUUCUGGUUCUACAGAGGAGGCAAACCCGCGGCCUUUGAUGCCUCUGGCGAGUCUACAGGCAUGAAGUCGGCUACAAAGUAG